AUGUCUCGUUCCGCACCUGGAAACUCUCCGUCCAAUGAAGACAGCUUGGGCGACAGCGAUGAUGGCUUUGUGCCUAGCAGCAACUCUGAGCCUGGCAUGGAAGCAGAUAAUGGAAAUGCGGCAGGUGAAGAUGGGGACACCUCCCCACCAGCCGGACCCCCACUGGAGAUGGAACAAGGACCACGCCUGCCGCAUGCGGGAUUCCACAGGCCGAUUUAUCAGUUGCCGUAUGACUACCCGCAGCUUCUGGAACGCAUGGCCUGUACGGCCCUGCGAGAGCUUUGCUUCUUCUACCUGGCCCAGCACCUGCACAUCAGGUAUCCGGAUCGUCGCUCCUCGCAGGCGCGCUACCUGGCUCAGCGAAGAGCACGCGGCCACCAGGACCCUGGAGAUGUAUAUUCCUAUAUCUUUGUGCAGCUUGAGGAGCCCAGGGCCCAGCAACUGGACGAGGACUACCGCGCCCUUGCAGGCAUCCUGGACCAGGGUAUACCAGAAAAUGACCUGGGCUGGAUCACCCGCAUUGGAGGCUCCAAGGACCCGCCACGCCAUGUAUUCCUGCAGCACCUGGCAAUGCUCUUGCGACGCAGUCUGCGCCGGCAUUUGCAGCCCUCCAGCGCGGACCAUGUCUCAGCGCACAUGGUGGAAGUGGCGCGGGAAAUGGACUUGUUCUACAUCCCGACCUUGCUUUCAUUAUAUCCCUUGCUGGAUGACACUGGUAAAAGGGACUUCCAGCAGUGGUUCUAUGGCUAUACGGGCCAAGACCUCAUGCAGGACGAGCGCUGGGAAACCUCUCCGAUCCGGGAACCCGCUUCGAGCUCGAGAGGCACCUCAGGCCCGGCAGACUGCGAGCGGCCCGAGCUCUACGUCGACCUCGCAGAUGCCGGGUUCGCUGGCAUUCUCAUCUUAAUUGAUAAGACCCUCUACACCUCCGUCCAGGAGCGUGUUGCGCAACGGGACCAGCUGCUGAGCAAGCGGGCAGAGUUCUUAGCCAAACUGGCUACCCUGCUGCACUCCCUCCCCAAACGUAAUCAACUGCUAGUCCUGGGAGACCUCAACACGGAUCUUAGUCCUGAAGGGUCUCACGUAGGCGUGCACGUUUCUCCCUGCUGGGCCGACAGGCCGCAGGUUUUACCUUUUGUGCCGGCCACAGGCCCUCUCGACCUGACACCAGAGGCCAAUCUGUUCGAGAACUCUGGCGACUUAGGAUACCUUUCACGGCAUCUGAGUGCCCUACAUCCAGAAGCCUAUCGGCUGCAUGACGCUGUUUUGCAGCCAGACAUUGCAGCAGACCUAGGCAUGCUAAGGCCCUCCAGCAUGGAAUCCAACCAAGACGUCAUCCGGGAGAGCGCGGCAGAAGUGGCUUCGCAGGAGCUGAUGUCAGCGAGGGAGCAGGCGGCCCUCCUAUCGUCCAUGAUGAACAAGAAUCCCAGCACCCCUCCGAGCUCGACGAAUGCCGUGAACCCCUCCGAAGCCAGCACCGGGCCCAACACGCCAGUACCGGAGACGAGGGCUCCACGGGAAGUGCCGGUGCCAAUGGAAACCCGCGAGACCAAGCGCCAGGCGGACCUCACGGAGCAGGAGUUACAGGACACCUCGGGCGGCAACGGCAACGGCAAAGGGGGGGACAAGUGGCCCCGCUCGCAGAGCAAGGGCAACUCCCGAGCAUCCGACGGUGGUUGGGGACGAGACCACCGCGCACCUCAGCGUCGCUAUCGGCAGUGGGACUGGGACAAGGACAAGGACAAGGAGGACAAGACCUUCGACCGGGCGACGGAUCGCAAGCUCUACGAGCUGUGCCUGGCAAUGAGCCGGUUGAUCAUGAGACACGAGGACCAACUGUCCAUCAACAGGGCUCAGGACAACUUCGUGAUGUUUGCCCAAACACAGGGAGUCUUGUCGGCCGUCCCGGAGCUCCUCAAGGCCACCGAGGCUUGGCGGCAGAUGAAGAAGGAGCAGCCGGAGAUCAUCACCCUCCCCCUGAGGACAUG